GUCACAGGAUCAGCGGGCCGUCGGGUUGUUUUUGUGCUCGCAGCUCUCGGGAAAAGCCACCGGGAAUUCUUUACCUGGCCCUACCCUGUCUUGGAACCCAGGCCCCGAGUCCCUCCUUUCUGAAAGCUCUGCCGAGCGGCGCUGCGACGUGGGCUGGCCUCUCGGAAGCGAAUCUGAGACUCAUUGCGAAUUGCCUAAAGGGAUCAUCAUCAAAAGACGGGAGAGACGCCUUCGUCCGCGAGAGAGGCAGGCCCCGUCCGGGGAUUUUAGAAACCCUGCGGUUCAUCAUGAAGUUCCAGUAUAAGGAGGACCAUCCCUUUGAGUAUCGGAAAAAGGAAGGAGAAAAGAUCCGGAAGAAAUAUCCGGACCGGGUCCCUGUGAUCGUGGAGAAGGCUCCCAAGGCCAGGGUGCCUGACCUGGACAAGAGGAAGUACCUCGUGCCCUCUGACCUCACUGUUGGCCAGUUCUACUUCUUAAUCCGGAAGAGAAUCCACCUGAGACCUGAGGACGCCUUAUUCUUCUUUGUCAACAACACCAUACCUCCCACUAGUGCGACCAUGGGCCAGCUGUAUGAGGACAACCAUGAGGAAGACUACUUUCUGUAUGUGGCCUACAGUGACGAGAGUGUCUACGGGAAGUGAGUGGCGGAAACCGGCCAAUGGGAGCGACCGGACUCGGGGCAGGGGGAGGGGCAAGUGUGGGGCUUGGGGAGAGAGAGACAGAGGGAGGGCUCCCCCCGUGAAGGAGACAGAGGAGGAACACCUGGAAACACGACACCACACACACCAUCACCAUAUUUUCACACGCUCGAUUGACAUUUUUUGCUGCUUUCUCGGCCUUGGGAGAAAGCAUGUCAGGGCAGAGCUGUUGGGUUGGUUUUGAUAGAAAAAAAAAAUGGGGAUAUUCUAGUCUCACAACAAACACUGCUGCGAAAUCUGAUUUCCAUGGAAGAAUCAGGGGGUGGGCAAGCUGGGGCCAGAGACCGUGAACCGACAAUAACUUCCUGCUCUCCUUUGCUUUGGGCAGAGAUUCUAUUUUUGACAUUUGCACAAGACAGGUGGGGAUAGGGGUUGAGAAUGUUGCAGGAUUACUGGCUGGUAGUGGACCAUUCCUGGGGACCAAAAGAGACCCACUGUCAUUGAAGUAUUAUAGCCCCUGACCUCUCCUAUCUCCCGCAUCCCUCCCACAUCCCAGUGGUCAUCUCACAAGCAUCACAGUACCCAGCCCACCACCCCUGUGGUGGCUGUAGACCUCAGACCCAGACACUUAGAUGGAGCUCCCCUUCUGCUGGAGAGUAGACGCCAGGCGUGAGGGACGUCAGGAUUGCGAAGAUAGUCUCCAUAGCAUAGAACUGGAACUGAAUGAGUACUGAGCAUCUCUGUCUAACCUGCUUUGCUCUUUGGUGCCCGUUUUCCCCACACCUACCUUGGACUUGAAUGAGCGUCACCCAUUUCAGUAAUAGGCUAAAACCACUCGUCUUGACAUUUCCCAGACUUCACUCCAUGAGUUAACGGAGUUACGUACAGAAAGGGCAGGUAUGGGGUAAGAUGGCUUGUCUGCACCUCUCGCUUAUCCAGAACUCUUGCUCCCGGCCCGCUGUCCUCCACUUUCUCAAUGCACAGAGAUGCAUGGUGAGGGCCAGUGGCACCCCCUCCUUGGGUCUUAAUUUCCCGCAGCUGCUAGUUAGAAAAAUUUGAGAAGGGUGACUUUUCAUAGUUCUUGGGGAUUCCAUUUGAUUCUGAUUAUUUUCACGUUAGGGUUAUGAUCUGGGUGGGAAGCAGGAAUUUGCACCCAGAUGGGACAUUUCAAUUCAUCUCAAGACACUUAAGUUCAUCUCCGUGAAUGAAAAGGGUCCUUCCCGUGGGGGAAGUCCGAGGGUCAGCUCUGUCAAGAUGCAGGCUCUUGUAUAAUGAAGUUUCUGCUGUCAGACCAAGGAAAUAAAAGAAUUGCAUACCUUAAAA